CUGCCCCCCCCCCUCGCCGUCCCCAUGAUGUGCGAGACGGGACUGAUCUCCCCGGAGCCCUCCAGCCCGAUGCAGUACUACGGAGAGUCCUCCGACACCUACUACCAUGUUGACCGCUGGCAGAAACUCCGGACGGCCGUCAGGAAGCUGGAGUUCUGGGAAAACUUCAAUGCUGAGCUGAUAGGCAGCGGCUUCUUCUCCAAGGUGUACAAGGUGACUCAGAGUGCGACCUGCAAAGUGAUGGUGGUGAAAAUCUACAAGAACGACGUGGACCAGGAGGUGAUAGUGCGCGAGAUUAGCUUGCUGCAGAAGCUCUCCCACCCGAACAUUGUCAGGUACCUGGGGAUCUGCGUGAAGGAUGAGAAGCUGUACCCAAUUCUGGAGUAUGUUAACGGUGGGUGCCUGGAAGAGCUCCUGGCCAGCAAGGAGAUCACCCUCAGCUGGAAGGAGAAGGUGGACUUGGCUUCAGACAUCACAAGGGGGAUGAUCUACUUGCACUCCAAGAACAUCUACCACCGGGAUCUCAACUCCAAGAACUGCCUCAUUCGCGUGACCCAGCGGGGCCGGGAAGCCUUGGUGACGGAUUUCGGUCUGGCCAGAGAGGUGGUGGAGCUGCCCAUGAAGAACCCGGAGAGGAAGCUGUCCCUGGUGGGCUCCGCCUUCUGGAUGGCCCCUGAGAUGCUGCGGGGGGAGCCGUACGACAGGAAGGUGGAUGUGUUCUCAUUUGGCAUAGUCCUGUGUGAAAUACUGGGCCGAAUCCCCGCUGACCCGGAAGUGCUUCCCAGGACGCAGGAUUACGGCCUGGACGUUGCAGCUUUCCAAGGAAUGAUCAGCGAAUGUCCCAAGCAGGUUUUGGACCUUGCCGCUAGUUGCUGUCGGGUGGAAGCAUUCAAGAGGCCCUCUUUCUCCGAGCUGCUGGAUGAACUGGAAGACGUAGCAGAGAGUUUAGAGGCUCCAAAGGACAAUCAGCUGUCCGGAUGA